GCGCGACAUGCUAGCAGUCUCAAAGGCUACGGCUUUCCGCAGCAGGCCACUAUAUUUCACCUCGCAGUCAAGGAACGCCAAGGCUGUCCUUGCUGCUCAACAGACAUUGGAGCCACGUCUAAAGUAUGAAUCUUUCAGUUCUGAUCAGUGCGGUAUUAUGGAUUACAUUACCGACUUCAUGGGGAAUGGAGGAGCAUCAAGCCCCUGCGCAGAACCCGUAUAAUUUGGCAUGGGGAAGGGGACGCUAUAAGGUUUGUCGCACCGAUGUUUGCCGGGAACGAGCAAAAAUGAUUAUGGACUCUCUGGACACCGCAGUCGAUCCGUGCGAGGACUUUUACUCUUACGCCUGCGGUGGGUGGGUGAAGAAGACCAAGAUACCGAAGACGAAGUCGUCAUACGGUAGUUUCAACGCGCUCAACGACGUACUGCUGAGAACUUUAAGAGGCAUACUUGAAAGAAUACCCAUUGGCAGAGGUCACCAAAAAGUAACAGAUAAAGCUGCCGUAGCUUACCACGCCUGUAAAGCUGUCACAAAGUCCGACGACCGGGUUGACGUUAUGUAUGACAUAAUGAACUCUUCCGCCCUCGGCGACUGGCCGAUAACAAUGAAAAGCAUCAGUCACGUGAAGAACUUUACAAACUGCUCGGAUCUGCUGCUCCAAACCGGAUUUGGCCCAAUACUGCGUUACGAUAUUGGCAGAGACAGCAAGAACCUGACGUCUUACGUGAUUCAGAUUGAUCAGAUGGAGUUUCCAGUUGUGGGACGCAAUCAGCUCACGCAGCCAAACAAAAUGGAGAACAAACCAAUCUUGAAGGCCUACAAACGCCUCAUUAUGACUGCUUUGGAAUUCAUGACGUUUAGCAUCAGUGCGUCGGAAAAAGGAAAAAUUGCCGACGAGCUCAUAGCUUUUGAAGGAAGAUUGGCGAGACUGACUGCGCCGCCUGAAAAAAGAAGAGAUUUCUUCUCCCUGUAUCACAGGACCACGAUCACAGUACUGCAACAAAAUUUCUCGACAUUUCCCCUUCUAGAUCUUCUCAACUGGGAAUUCUCCAAGGCCGACAUAAUGCUCAGUGAAGACGAGACGGUAGAAAUCUACGCUCUGGAUUACUACAAGAAAUUGGUCAAGUUUCUGGAGACUACAAAUCCAGAACUGCUGUACAACUACAUAGGUCUCCGUACCAUGCUAAUGUGGGCUCCCCAUGCUUCAAGGAAGAUCCGGGACGCCCUAUUCGAAGUAAAGAAAGCUACAUCAGGCGUUCUGGAGAUGCCUCCUAGGUGGCAAGAAUGCACUGUUUUGAUCAACAGUGCAAUGAUGGAGAUUACUGGCUAUCUAUACGUAAAAGAAAAGUUCAGCGCUGAAGCGAAGAGUGAGGUUGAAGACCUCGUCUUUAGACUUAAGGAGAUUUUCCGAGAAACACUCGAGCAAAGCAAAUGGAUGGACGACGUAACAAGGCAAAAAGCUCUGCGCAAGUUGGAAAAGAUGGAUUCUAAAAUUGCAUAUCCGAAGUGGGGACUGGACAUGAAGUACCUUGAAAAGCUCUACGAAUAUGUACCCCAGCUGGAUCCAACUAGCACGUUCUUGAAGAUUUGGCAUUUCAUAGCAGUCAACAAUGGAAGACGGAAAUUGGAAAAAUUGCGCAAGCGUUACAAAAAGGACUUGGAGUGGAUUAACGGAGCAGCAGUUGUAAACGCUUUCUACGAUCCUGCUACAAACGAAAUGGUGUACCCAUCCGGAAUUCUUCAAGGAGUCUUCUACCAGUACGGACUUCCAAGGUCGAUCAACUUCGGUGCUAUCGGGACAGUGGUUGGACAUGAAAUGACACAUGGCUUCGACGACACCGGAAGCCAGUUUGAUGCAAACGGACGGUUAGAACAAUGGUGGACGAACGAAACUCGUAGUAAGUUUGACCAAAAGGCCCUCUGCUUUAAGCGUCAGUAUGGAAGCAUCGCUGUCAAGACUCUGAACAUGACGCUGAACGGGAACAAUACGGUAGGAGAAAAUAUAGCAGACAAUGGCGGUAUCCGGACAGCUUUCAAGGCAUACAACAAACUGCUAUACGAUAGUCGACAGCUCGAAGACACACGUCUAGAGGGCUUAGAAGAAUUCUCCGGGAAAAAGUUGUUCUUCAUAUCAAACGCAAUGGUAUGGUGCAACAAGGCUCGAGACGGAUAUUUACGGGAACUUAUACAAUACGAUCCGCACUCACCAAACCGCUACAGAAUCAAUGUUCCAAUGGGAAACAUGGAAGCGUUCUCGACGGUAUUUAAAUGCUCAAAAAGGUCGGCAAUGUAUCGCCAGAAGAAAGACCGCUGUAUAUUGUGGUGAGCGAAGGUGACUAUAUAUAGCGCAAGACGUCUCUGAAGGACGAAGGACGACCAUUCAAGUGGAGGUGUUAGAUUUUGAUGCUUCAAGAAUAAAACAAUUUAAGCGAUCGCGCUAUAGCAUAGCGCUCUAGGC